AUGGACCAUGAGCCUGCAGAUGGAUUCCGCCUCGACGGCUAUAAGUGCCUCGGCGCCGCCUUCGAUCUGCGCCAAUCAUCUUCGCAUCCAACAGCACUCAUCGCCGCCUUGCACUUUCAGCCCUUGGCUCCCAGACCGAGAUGUUCUUUCAUACCAGUUGACGUCUCGUCAGAGACCCCCAAGAACGGCCAUCAAUGCCUCGGCAGUAGCCUGACCACCGCGGAUACUCGGUCCACCGUUCCGGAUACACAGCAGCUCCUCCCGUCGUCUGACACGGUCGACAUCGCCAGCUUACUGGCACAGCUUCAAAGUCCAGCAACGGGAUCCUCGAGGCAAGUCAUGAGAGCCUGCCCCGGCUCCGAUUGA